AUGGUGUCCAAACCAUCUUUCAGCAAGAGAGUGCUGUCGCAGAUCGCCAAGUUGUUCGACCCAGCAGGUUGGCUUGCUCCCGUGGUCAUUUGGGCCAAGAUUUUCAUGCAGGAAAUCUGGAAGCAAGAAAUCGGCUGGGACGACUCCUUACCGGCGGAUCUCACAGAGCAGUGGACCAGUUUUCUGCGAAAUUAUUCGCCCUUGCAGGACAUCCGCAUUCCCAGAUGGACCAAGUACACUCCCGGCGCAAAAUCCAAUUCCACGGUUUUGCGACGCCUCUCAGAGCGCCGGCUAAGACUAGAGUUGCACCUAUCAAGACGGUCUCUCUACCUCGUCUUGAGCUGUGCGGAGCUCUCCUGUUGGCAGUUAUCCGCCGCCCUCCUACCACACCUUCCCAACCCCGACGCUGAGACAUACCUGUGGACAGAUUCCACUAUAGUUCUGGCGUGGCUGGAUAAGCAGCCUUGCAAGACCACUUUCGUGGCUAACCGAGUGGCUAAGAUUCACUCGGUGUAUGUCACUUGGCAACAUGUUCGCUCCGAACACAAUCCAGCCGAUCUGACGAGCCGCGGUGUCUCGCCGCAAGAGCUAUUGGCCAGUCGCCUUUGGUGGCACGGGCCUGAAUGGCUGACGCACUCACCAGCGCAGUGGCCUUCACCAGUCAUUGGGCUCGAUACUGAUUUGGAGUGUCGAGCGGUGAAGGUCCAUGCAGCGCAAGUCCUGUGUGAGGACUUCCUCGACCGUUUCUCCAGGUUCGAUGGAGCGAUCCGAGUGUUUGCGUAUGUGCGAAGGUUUGCCCAGCGUUGCCGCCAUCCCAAGGUCUCGUUUCCAGAGACGCUCAGCUCUCAAGAGCUUGCAGAAGCUCAAGAGAGGCUGAUUGUACAGGCUCAGAAUCGGCUAUACACGGAAGAAGCGUCCACCUCCUUAUCGUACAACGAACGGCAUCCAAUAAUACUCCCGUUCGACUGCGUGUUUUCACGCCUCCUGGUUUCGUUCACGCAUCAAUUCUCCCUCCAUGGAGGCAACCAAUUGGUGAUGCGGCUGGUCCAAACCAAGUUCUGGAUUCCCAAGCUAAGGAACUUGGUGAAGACAGUAAUUGACUUCGCCGGUCCCUUCGACGUCAAGAGCUACGUCGGACGGGGCUGCAAGAUUACGAAGGGUUACGUAUGUGUCUUUGCGACCACGGAUCUGACAGCGGAGAAGUUCUUGGAAGCUUUUUCCCGAUUCGUGCCACGGCGUGGGUGCCCUCUUCACAUGUACUCUGACAACGGGAAGACGUUAGUCGGAGCCUCCUCCAUUCUCUCCAAAGAUUUUGUGGAGAGCACCCGCAACCUGAUUCUCACCACUCACAGCCAUCAAGGAGUCAAGAGUUUCAAGAAGCAUUUCUACAAAACGGUUUCCUCCGUUAAACAUACGUUCGAGGAACUUUCCACCCUCCUGUCCAAAAUCGAAGCGUGCCUCAAUUCGCGGCCUCUGUCUCCUAUGUCAGAGGAUGUGAGCGACUUGGUGGCACUUAUUCCCGGUCAUUUCCUGAUCGGGGGUCCACUACUCUCCAUGGCGGAGCCAGAGUCCAGAGAGGAUGUGGAGUCCAUCCGCAAUCGCUGGCAACGGCUCAAGGCUCUCCAUCAGCAUUUCUGUGUGCGAUGGAAGAACGAAUAUUUGAAGGAGUUGCAUAAGCGGAAUAAGUGGCAGUCACACUCACGCGACCUCCAGAUCGGUGACAUGGUGAUCAUCAGAGAGGAGAAUAUACCACCACAAGAAUGGCGCCUUGGGCGUGUGCUGACCGCUUGCCCGGGCGCCGAUGAAAGGGUCCGUGUGGUAGACAUCCAGACGGUGUGCCGCGGUGUCCAUGCACUGCGCAAGUGUCCACGGUUUGCCCAGCUGGCGCCAGAGAAGCGGCUCCGGGCAGUACUUGUCAAUGAGUACUAUCCCAACUGCUUGGCUCAUCAGCACUCCGGGGCACUUGCCGCAGUGGUGGACGGUGCAGGCAUUGUGGCGAAGACCACCACACCAUGCUGCACAUGCGGGAUCACAGCUCUAAGCAGCGGUUGGCGCGACAACCGAGGGGCCGACGCGACCAACCGGCACCCUCCAGACCAUCAUCAUCCCGGAUGA